AUGCCUGACGUAGUUUCGUUACCCUUGGGAGGUGGUACAGUCAUCCAUAUUGAUGAAGAUAACGAUACGAUUUGUGUUGGACCUGAUAGUGUAGGAUAUGAAUUACAUACAAAAGGAUUGGCUUUUGGCGGUCAAACGAUGACUACUGCUGACAUAGCGCUAGCCGCUGGAUUGAUUACGAAAAUAGGCCAUUCAACUGUAGAAAUACCAGCAUCAGUAAUUCAAAAAGUACUUGAUCACAUCAAAAGUACAAUCAAUCGAGGAAUUGACCGAAUGAAAACGAAUCAAGAACCAGUACCUGUCAUUCUUUGCGGCGGAGGAUCAAUCCUUAUUGAUAUCAAAGAAUCAUUUGCUGACGUCACAGAGAUUAUUCGUCCACCUCAUUUUGCAGUGUGUAACGCUGUCGGCGCUGCUCUCUGUUCAGUGAGUGGUACCAUUGAGUCAAUUGUCGAUCUUUUACCUUCGUCCAUGGAUGGAGGAUUUCAACGUAAAUUUGAACUUGAUCGAUUGACGCAGGCUGUUCAACAACAAUGUGUACAGAAUGGUGCGCGUCCAAAUACAAUUCGAUUAGUCGAUAUAGAACAAGUUCCUUUGACAUAUUAUCCAGGUGGAUACAAACAUCGAGUUCUGCUUAAUGCUAUUGGCGAGCUCGAUCUGAUGAAAUUAAAAGAGCAACAUCAAGAAACUACAGAGCAUUUUUCGUUAACAGAUAUGUCACAAGAUUUACCGAAAACCCGCCAGUCACUGAAGUAUGCAGUGAUAGCAAAUAAACAACCGAGAUUUGAUGAAGACGGUGCAUGGAUCAUUGAUUCGACUGAUAUCGAGUACAUUGCGUAUGGUGUCGGCAUAUUAGGUUGCGGUGGUGGUGGCGAAUCAUAUCAUACGAAAUUAUCGUGUUUAGAAAUGUUAAAGACGACUAAUGGUAAGAUGCGUGUCAUACCGCCAGCUGUACUUCAUCCAUCGUCUGAUUUGGCAGCCGUUAUUGGCUUUAUGGGUGCACCAACAGUCUCACACGAACAGUUGCCGAGUGGUAAUGAAUGUUUAUUGGCUAUCGAUACUAUUGAAAAGUACCUUUCGAAGAAAAUAACAGCUGUAUUUAGCGCCGAGAUGGGCGGCGCAAACGGCCUCCGGAAUUUAUUAGUUGGAGCGGUAAAAAAUAUACCCUGUGUCGAUUGUGACAAUAUGGGACGUGCAUUUCCAAGACUUGAUCAGAAACUACCAUUUAUUCUUGGCCAGAGCGUCACACCUGCGUGCAUGUGUGAUGUUCGUGGACGGACAGUCUUAUAUACAGAAGAGAUGAUUAAAGACGCGCAUGAAUUGGAGGAUGUUUUAAGAAAAGAAUGCAUUAAGAUGGGCCUAAGAGGAGGAUUAUGUAUGCCACCCUUAACUGGCGAACAAGUUCAGAAAUAUUCAAUACACAAUAGUCUGUCUCGUGCAUGGUUCUUGGGUCGAGCAAAGUUCAGUCACCAAAGAGACGUGAUCAGAGCAGUGGUAAGAGCAGGCAAUGGUCGUAUUCUAAUAUCGGAUGGUAAAGUAACAAAUGUCGAACGAUACACUAGCUCUGGCUUUGCUCGAGGCCAUGUUGAGAUCGAAACGACUGCAGGAAAACUAAUAACUAUUGAUUUUCAAAAUGAAAACUUAGUAGCUCGAUGUGGCGAUGAAAUUCUUGCUAGUGUUCCCGAUCUAAUCACUUUAGUUGAACAAGAUUCCGGUGAACCAUUGUCAACAGAGACUGUGAAAUACGGUUGUCGUGUCUCGGUGCUUCUUCUCCCGGCACCAGAAUCAAUGACAACACCGCAAGCACUGAAAUAUGUUGGACCUGCUGUUUUUGGUUAUAAUCAUGAGUUUGACAUGCAAUUGUUACCUCGCUCUGCAAUUCAGUCUGUAUGGGAUGUGUAUUACAAAAAAUCUUCUGCGUAA